AUGUCUGAUCCUCAAAAGUCGCAUCCCCAAAGGUCGCAUCCUCAAAGGUCGCGUCCUCAAGAGUCGCAUCCUCAAAAGUCGCAUCCUCAAAGGUCGCGUCCUCAAAAGUCGGUCCUCAAGUGUCGGGUCCUCAAAAGUCAUAUCCUCAUGUGUCGCGCCACGGACACUGUUCGCGCUGUUUACCGUCCAGCUCCUUAUGGCUAUGGAAGUACUUAUACAUAUAGAACAUAUUGGCCUUGGAGAGGAAAUAUUCGUUAUCACCAACGGCAAGUUUAUUAA